AUGGUUGGCGUUCUGGCAAGGGACCACCCCGAGCCGAACACAACGCGGCGACACGUUAACCAACCCGAGGAAAGCGAGGCGGCGCUGGCUGCCCCCGUUGUCACCGAGACUGACGACGUUCCCACCAAGUCCAAGCAUCGAAAGGCUGGACGACCUAUUUACCUUUCGCUCACGUUAAACAUGGAGCAAGGAUGGUACAGAUGGCUCUGGAGAGACCAGGGGAGACAGCGGAUCAACACCAAGUACGUCACGUACAACUCCGGCCUGGACAGCGCAAAGGCCUGCGAGCGGGUGAUCAAUCACUUUGAUCGUCGCGAGAAGGCGCGCAUCUCCGCGUGGAACCGCGAGGUUACCACCUUUCUGGCUCGACGACGGAUUGUCGAGUGGGUGACAGAUGGGAGUGCCAGCGGCAGACACGUCGACGCCAACGACCGUCUGGGGCCCGGCGUCAUACAGAAGCUUGUCUUGGCCAGCGCUUUCGUCGGGCAAGGCAUGUCUCGAGUCACCGGACUUGCGCCGGAACCCUUGAAGCCUGGACUAUCUCCAUCAAUCCUUUGUGGUUCGCUCCGUGAGGAGACACCGGCAGCCCAUGGCACACCAGUCCCCCCGAGCCCGCUUAGAGAGUUGCACGAUGAAGCUCAUGCUAUGAAAGUCUUACCCGCCAGCACCUUUUUGUCUUUCUCUUUUCUUACUGACCCCUUCUUUUCUAACCAGAUUUUCUACUCCCUCGCCGACGUUUAA